GUGGUCCUCCUAAAAAAGGGUCCAGACUGAGGUUGUGGGUUCGAGUCCCAUCGCGAUCGAAUUUUUUUAUUUUUAUUUUUGCCCUGGGGGCCUUGAUUUCUUGUUGCUGCUUGUCUGGCUUUAUUAUUUUGUGGAAAAGAACUUGAACCUCUGCCAUGCGCCGCUGGUUUCCAUUUCUGGGACAUGUGCUGGCAUUUAAUUCGACGACCAUCAGUACGCGGACGGCACUUGACCUCCGGCUGCCGGGUCCUAUUCCCGGCCUUUGGCGAUCGGCAGACCGUGGCGGCGCGCUACGACAUGGCGGCUUCGCUUCGCCGCCGAAACCGGUAGAGUUGUUGCAGUGCAGCCAAGGCGACCGAUCUCCAUGCAGCUCGCGAUCCGUCUCACAGACAGACAGACGAUGGGAUGGAUUUAGGAGUGAAUGCCUGCGGAUGAAAUAGCCCAGGGUCAGACUUUGGCCAAUGCCCCGUCAGCAUCUUAGGCGACUGGAAGCGGCGCAAGAAGGUGGCCGCAUCUGCACCGGCCUAAGACGGUGGUCAGGAGGAGGCCCGGGACGGUGGGUGGAUGGCUCUUUGCGACUUGUCCUAAUUAGGGGGCCACAACGUGCACAUGUACGGAUCAAGCAGGCAAACCGUUGAUCCCAAAAGGGCAUUUUCACCUUCUAGAUAGGUUGUCGUGCGAACCUUUGAACCCCGCCAUGGCAUUGUGAACCAGGCCAUCUGAAGGUCUCGACCAAAGUGUGUGCCAUAACAGAUGGCAGAGGCUGGUUGGUUAAGAACCAGCGAACGGGGCAUGCAGGAGAAAACAUCUGGUGCGCUUUAUGUGCCCUGGGCGAAAACUUUGAUCUUGCAUGGCGGUGGUAAG